CGAAGCCCAAUUUUAAUAAUAGACCCGCCCUGCAUUCUCAAGAACCAAAAAGAUUGAGCACUGAUCAGGGUAGCUGAAACACUAGAAGAUCAUGGGUGAGUUGCAUGACGACAUGGAUGGGUUUCAUCACAAUAGGCCCUGCUUCUUCAAGCUCAUCUUGCAUGGCCACAACACUGAGCACUUGCGAAUCCCACCAAAAUUCGUGAAGCGUUUACCGAAAGACUUGCCUGGUCAAGCAAUUCUUAGGGAUUCCUCUGGUGAUGAGUGGCGCGUUAAUUUGUGCCAGAAUGCGGAAGGCAUAUUUUUGCAAGAUGGUUGGAAGCAGUACUGUACAGAGCACUCCUUGGGGGACAAUGAGUUCUUGCUUUUCAAGUAUAAUGGAGAAUGGUGUUUUGAUGUACUCAUUUUUGGGAAAGAUGGAUGUGAGAGAGUUUAUGUUUCUCUUAUCAAGAGAAGAAGGGGUAGACCAAGAAAAACCUCUCUUCCUUCACUUCUCCAUGUGUCUAAGACUAUCAAAGACAGUCCAGAUAAAGGGACGAAAAGAAAGGUCGUGACAAAUAACACAGACCUGCCUUUUGGGGAAAAUAAGUUACAGAGGAAAUGCUACUCUUCGAGACCAAUGGCCGAGUCUUUUACCUCUGACUUUCCUUACUUCAAGACCUGCAUGACAAAAACUAAUGUGGGGAGGGUGUCCCUACUGAGGAUACCAGAAAAUUUUGUCAAGAAAUUCAGGCAAGAGCUUUCUGCUGUUGCUAGACUCAGUGUUCCCGACGGUCACGUUUGGCAAGUAGGAUUGAAGAAGGUUGAGAAUGGUGUUUGGUUUCAAGAUGGGUGGCAGGAAUUUGUUGAAUGUUACUCUAUCCGCGUUGGGUACUUACUAGUGUUCAGAUAUGAAGGGAAUUCGGGUUUCUUUGUUCAUAUAUUUAAUUUGACGAAUUCUGAGAUAAACUAUCACUCCAAUUCUCUGAGUAACGUUCAAGGGCUCAAUUAUGGCAAUCAGUAUAAUGUGUUUGAAGAAAUGGAAGAGGACGACUCUGCACAAAUCUUGGGUCCCUCGCCUUCAUGCCUCACUACUGGGCCUUUGAAAAACAAGCUUUUUGGUGGAUGUGGAGAUCAAUUGACACCUAGUAAAAGUUACACUCCUUCACUGCAGAAUUUGUUCAAUGGGUCUCAACUUAAGAAUUCAUUUAAUUGGGAUGGUGAAGGUAACCUGCAUCCAUUCAAGGGUGUUAAUAAAUCACCAGGAGAAAUUCAACCCUCUAGAGAUAUAGGUGUUCAGUUUAAUGCAGUUGAGUUUAAAAAGUCUUUGGAUGAUGGGAAAUUGCGAAAUCCAGGUCAAGAAAUUCAAACAAUUAAAAAAACCAUGAGAAAAAAGCGGAAACCUGAUCCUAAUGAGCUCGAGUCAUCCGCUCAACAUGAAGAGGAAGUAGAAAUGCGGUUUAGAUUUUAUGAAAGUGCUUCUGCAAGAAAAAGAACAGUGACAGCGGAGGAACGAGAAAGGGCUAUUAAUGCAGCCAAAGCAUUUGAGCCGACUAAUCCUUUCUGCAGGGUUGUCCUGCGACCAUCAUAUUUGUAUAGGGGUUGUAUAAUGUAUCUGCCAUCCUGUUUUGCUGAAAAGUAUCUAAGUGGGGUUUCAGGAUUCAUCAAACUUCAGACUCCUGAUGGGAGACAGUGGCCUGCCCGAUGCCUUUACAGAGGAGGUAGAGCCAAAUUAAGCCAGGGAUGGUAUGAAUUUUCAUUGGAGAAUAAUUUGGGGGAAGGAGAUGUUUGUGUCUUUGAGCAGAUGAAGAUGAGGGAUAUCGUGUUAAAAGUUACCGUAUUUCGUGUCGCUGAAGAUACGGGACAUGUGGUGAACCAACCAUUACAGCAAGUCAGCCCAACAAAACUAAUUAGAAAUUAAUUGCCGGUAAUUUUCAGAUUUCUAAACUGUAUCAAGUGACUUUUGUCUUCUUGGUGGCAUGUCAUUGAUCUUAUUUCCUCAUGUGGAGUUUCGUUGCCAUUGAGUGUCCAUAAACUUUCCAAGAUGACUUGGUGGAAAUUCUAGUUUUUAGGAAUUUGAACACAAAUCUUAUGCCUUGACUAAGGUUGUAAAUAGAUUGUGCAAUCUAGUUUUUAUCGAACUGGGCCAGAAUUGUGCAUCCUACUCAUCCCCUUCCCUCCCCUCUCUUAAGAUUUGGCGUUUUCAGCUCGAAGUACUAUUUUAUUGCUCCAAUUACAUACUAAUUGCUGACUUUGUUGUGUGUA